AUGAUCAUGUGUGACGUACAGAGGAGAGAACACAUCACCCCUGUCCUCCGCUGCCUCCACUGGCUGCACGUCACUAAAGUCUCCUUAGCUCAGAGCUCCACACUCCGCCGCACGCCGCCCGCCACGGUGCACAGGGCCUCAGGUGCACAGGGCCUCAGGUGCACAGGGCCUCAGGUGCACAGGGCCUCAGGUGCACAGGGCCUCAGGUGUCCGGGCCUCAGGGGUCCGGGCCUCAGGUGCACAGGGCCUCAGGUGCACAGGGCCUCAGGUGCACAGGGCCUCAGGUGUCCGGGCCUCAGGGGUCCGGGCCUCAGGUGCACAGGGCCUCAGGUGCACAGGGCCUCAGGUGCACAGGGCCUCAGGUGUCCGGGCCUCAGGUGCACAGGGCCUCAGGUGCACAGGGCCUCAGGUGCACAGGGCCUCAGGUGCACAGGGCCUCAGGUGCACAGGGCCUCAGGUGUCCGGGCCUCAGGGGUCCGGGCCUCAGGUGCACAGGGCCUCAGGUGCACAGGGCCUCAGGUGCACAGGGCCUCAGGUGCACAGGGCCUCAGGUGUCCGGGCCUCAGGUGCACAGGGCCUCAGGUGCACAGGGCCUCAGGUGCACAGGGCCUCAGGUGCACAGGGCCUCAGGUGUCCGGGCCUCAGGUGCACAGGGCCUCAGGUGCACAGGGCCUCAGGUGCACAGGGCCUCAGGUGCACAGGGCCUCAGGUGCACAGGGCCUCAGGUGCACAGGGCCUCAGGUGUCCGGGCCUCAGGGGUCCGGGCCUCAGGUGCACAGGGCCUCAGGGGUCCGGGCCACGGGAACGGGAGGUUGUGGGUGUGAUCUCUUGCAGAAGUCGCUCUCGUUGGGACCUCAGCGGGACCUCAGCGGGACUUCAGCGGGACCUCAGUGGGACCUCAGUCUGGACCCCCCUGGAGCCCCCUCCCUCCCCCCCUCCCUCCCUCCCCUUGGCACCAUGUACUACCUGCAGCUGGAGAAGGAGCCGCUCUACCCCCCGCAGAGCCGCUUUGUGCCCGGGCCGCAGUACCAGGACUUCGGGUACCACCACCACCACCACGUGCCUCCCCCGGAGCCCCCGCAUGGAGCCUGGAGCGCAGCGUACGGGACGGCGGCCGUGAGGGAGGACUGGGCCUACGGGCACGGCGCGCACGGAGCGCACGGAGGACACACGCACGGAGCGCACGGAGGACACACGCACGGAGCGCACGGAGCGCACGGAGCGCAGGGGACAGUGCCAGGCUCUCCUCCUCUCUCCGUAUCCACCUCAGCAGCUCCAGGCCUGGGCUUCAGCUCGGCAGACUUCCCCCUGACCUCAGUCUCAGGACCAGGACCAGCUCUGCCCAGUCUCCCCCCUGGACCCCCUCCUCUGUCUCCUGACUCCCCCCAGAGACGCACCCCCUACGAGUGGAUCCGGCGCAACAACCCACCCACCAACCCCAAUGGUAAAACCAGGACGAAGGAUAAGUACCGUGUGGUUUACACCGAUCACCAGAGACUGGAGCUGGAGAAGGAGUUCCACUACAGCAAAUACAUCACCAUCAGGAGGAAGGCGGAGCUCGCAUCCCAGCUCAGCCUAUCAGAGAGACAGGUGAAGAUCUGGUUCCAGAAUCGUCGCGCUAAAGAACGUAAAAUGAACAAGAAGAAGCAGCAACAACCGGCUUCCUCAACGACCACGCCCCCUGGCAAUUCAAGCCACGCCCACAGCAACAGCAACGCCAUGGUGACCAGCAGCAUCAACAUCAAGGAGGAAUUCUGA